GGCAGCGGCGUCGCGGUGGGCCGGGCCUCGGCUCUUCCGCCCCAGCCCAGCAGCCGCCACUGCUGCUGCCGCCGCCACUUGGGCAUGAGCGGGGUCUCCCGCCAUAGCUGGCUGCCAUACUCGCAGCAGCCACCGCAUCCCUACUGUGGGCCCUGGUCGGGAACAUGCCCCUGGCCGCCUACUGCUACCUUCGUGCCGUCGGCAGGGGCAGCUAUGGAGAGGUGACACUCGUGAGGCACCGGCGGGACGGCAGGCAGUAUGUCAUCAAAAAACUGAACCUCCGAAAUGCCUCCAGCCGAGAGCGGCGAGCUGCUGAGCAGGAAGCACAGCUCUUGUCUCAGCUGAAGCACCCCAACAUUGUCACCUACAAGGAGUCGUGGGAGGGAGGGGACGGUCUGCUCUACAUUGUCAUGGGCUUCUGCGAAGGAGGUGAUCUGUACCGAAAGCUCAAGGAGCAAAAGGGCCAACUUCUGCCCGAGAGUCAGGUAGUGGAGUGGUUCGUCCAGAUCGCUAUGGCUCUGCAGUAUUUACAUGAGAAACAUAUCCUUCACCGAGAUCUGAAAACACAGAAUGUCUUCCUAACAAGAACAAACAUCAUCAAAGUGGGCGACCUAGGAAUUGCCCGAGUGUUAGAGAACCAGUGUGACAUGGCCAGCACCCUCAUUGGCACACCGUACUACAUGAGCCCUGAGUUGUUCUCAAACAAACCCUACAACUAUAAGUCUGAUGUUUGGGCUCUGGGAUGCUGUGUGUACGAAAUGGCCACCCUGAAGCAUGCUUUCAAUGCAAAAGACAUGAAUUCCUUAGUUUAUCGGAUUAUUGAAGGGAAGCUGCCACCAAUGCCAAAAGAUUAUAGCCCGGAAUUGGCCGAACUAAUAAGAACAAUGCUGAGCAGAAGGCCUGAAGAAAGACCAUCUGUGAGGAGUGUCCUGAGGCAGCCUUACAUAAAGCGCCAAAUCUCCUUGUUUUUGGAGGCCACAAAGGCAAAAACCUCCAAAAAUAAUGUUAAAAAUGGUGAGUCUAAAUCCAAACAUGUUCCAGUGGUUUCCAGAAAGGCUGAAUCAAAUCAUGAGGUAAUUGCACCCCAACCACACUCCUCUGAUGGAUCUAAGACGCAUAUGAUGGGAGAAGACAACUGUUUGCCCCAUGAGAAACCCCUAGUUGUUGACCCAUUGAAGACACAUGCCAGUUUGAAAGGCCAUCCCUGUAAACCAGACAUGAGCAAUACUGCCAAGUCACUAGCCACAGUCAGCAGAGUAAACAUCAACAUCUUACCUGCAGAAAGGAGGGACUCAGAGAGUGACGCCUUAGUUGGGAAGACUCAACCAAGACACGUGGAUCCCUCUAAUGAAGUUGAAGGUAAAUGCAGUAUUCCUCGAGUGAAGGAGGAGAGACUGCAGGAUAACAAUAAGUCCAGUGUUCAGCUAGAAAACCUAAUUCCCUCACGGUCCUUGGAUGAUGCAGGAAAUGAUCCAGUAAAGCCUCCAUUGUCUCUAAGCAAAGACCAAAAGCCACUGGACCAGCUGACCUGCCUAGAUGGCUGUGACCCAGAGGACCAGGAAGCCCAUGACUUAGAUGUUGAGGUGGACGGUCAGGAUGAAGAAAAUGAGGUUGAGGAGGAUGAGGAUAAGGAGGAUGAGUAUGAAGAUUUUGAUAUGGAAGAGGAUGAAGAUAUAGAUGGGGAAGAAGAUGAAGAGAAGCCAGUGGGGAGGAAGAAGAAUUUGGCCAUGAUGCAGAAUUUGAUGAAGAUGAGGAUGAAGAUGAAGAGGAGGAAGAAAGAUCCAGUUGCUGGUGAAUAUAUUAUAGAAAACCAGGACAGAAUCUACCCAGGUUUACAGCCACACAGCUCUGAGUCUGAACCGUCUUUGUCGCGACAGCGAAGACAGAAGAAGAGAGAGCCGACUGAGGACAGUAGGGCAAACAGACAGGUUGGUGAAGAUCUCUUUGGGUUCCAAGAGGUUUCUCCUCGACGUCUGUCUUCUCAUCCCACUGCUGAAAAAGUGGAUGUCAUAUUAACAAAAAAGGAUGCUGAAAACCAGAGUAGAGCAGUCAGUGCGUUUAUGAGCACUUCAAGCAGUAGCGAGGUCUCAUCAUCAAAGGAUCGCCCAUUAUCAGCAAGAGAGAGGAGACGACUAAAGCAGUCCCAGGAAGAGAUAUUCCCCUCAGGCCCUUCAGUGAGGAGAGCUUCUCUGAGUGCAGUGAGGCCAGGGAAACCUCAGGAGGAAGGCCCGCCCCUCCCUGCCAGACGAGUGUCUUCUGACUACACCGUUGCUCAGGAAAAGAAACUGAGGCAUUGUCUGUCUGAGGAGGAGUGUAGUUCUUCUACAAGUUCAACUGAUAAGUCAGAUGGGGAUUCCAGGGAACGUAAAGGUCAUACGAAUGAAAUGAAUGACUUGGUAAAGUUGAUGACUCAGACCUUGAAACUCGACUCUAAAGAAAGCUGUGAGGAUCUGCUAGCCCCUAUUCCAGUAUCAGAGUUCAAACUGCAUCGCAAAUAUCGGGACACACUGCUGCUUCAUGGGAAAGUUGCAGAAGAAGCAGAGGGACUCCAUUUUAAAGAACUGCCUUCAGCUGUUGUGCCAGGUUCUGAAAAGAUCAGGAGAAUAGUUGAAGUCUUGCGAUCUGAUGUAAUCCAGGGCCUGGGGAUUCAGCUUUUAGAGCAGGUGUAUGAUAUUUUGGAAGUGGAGGAUGAAUUGGAGAGAGAGGUGCGCUUGCAGGAGCAUAUGGGUGAGAAGUAUAUGACUUAUAGUGUGAAAGCUCGCCAGUUGAAAUUUUUUGAAGAAAAUGUGAAUUUUUGA